CAAAAACAAACACAAGAGCGCCGCCGGCCGCAAUUCCUUUCCCCUCUCCCUUGCCACGCCCAAACAUUUUCAGCUGCUCCCGGUUGUCGUAUCUUUCUCCCUCGAUCAAAAUCAAGCUAAGAAGCAAGCCCCGGCCAGCGGAAGCAGUAGUUUCUCCGCCGAUAGCACCCCGCCUCUCCGUCCUUCAUUGCCUGUAGCUUCUCCGCCGAUCAGUCCCCUAUCCCAGCUCGUCCAAACCGUAGUUCAGUAGGUAAGUAUAAUCGAGCUACGAGUUUCUAUUUCAUAUCGGUCAUAACUAAUAUGUGGCGUGUAACUUUAGGACCAGCAUGCUUUGUAUUGUUCUGGGGCAGGGUUAUUGAUGAAUAUGAGCGAACUUGGGUUCAUUGUGUUGAUCUUAAAAUGGAUGGGAUUAGCUACGUAUGGUAAUGCAUAUAUAUAUAUAUAUGGUUAUGUCUUCGGUGCACUCACUUUUUUGGGUGCAUUCAAUGCACCCGCCUCAUAAUCGUCAUUCUGAGCAAGCGAUUCAUGUGAAAACAAUGUCAAUCAUCCCUUGUGGUAUGAUGAACAAGAAUCAAAUGAAUUUGUACAAAAAUCAUUCCAAGAUUCACUUUAAUUUGAAUGAUUGAGGGUUUAGGAAUUUAGGGUUAUGGUUAGGGUUUACAAUUUGGGAUUUUGGGUUGAGAUUCAAAAUUGAAGGUUAAUAGGUUAGGGUUAUUGGUUGAUUAGUUGUGCUUCUGUGUUAUAUCAUCAUAUGAGACUAAUGCUACCCAUUAAAUUUCAAAAUUUAAUGUAUUAUGACCACUUUUAGAGGUGGGUGCACUGAAUGCACCCAAAAAAGUGAGUGCGCCGAAGUAGCCACCAUAUAUAUAUAUGGUGGCUACUUCGGCGCACUCACUUUUUUGGGUGCACUCAGUGCACCCGCCUCAUAAUUGUCAUUCUGACCAUGCGAUUCAUGUCAAAACGGUAUCAAUUGUUGCUUAUGAUAUUAUGAACAAGAAGCACAUGAAUUUGAAAAAAAUUCAUUCAAAAUUUACUUUAAUUUUAAGUAUUUAGGAUUUAGGGAUUUAGGGUUAGGGUUUAGGUUUACAAUUUGGGAUUUUGGGUUGGGAUUCAAAAUUGAAGGUUAAUGGGUUAGGGUAAUGGAUUGAUUUGUUAUGAUUCUAUGUCAUAUCAUCAUAUUAUAUUGAGAGUACUAAUUAAAGUUCAAAAUUUGAUGUAUUAUGGACGCUUUUAGAGUUGGGUGCACUGAGUGCACCCAAAAAAGUGAGUGCACCGAAGUAUAUAUAUAUAUAUAUUUAUAUAGACGCAAUGCAUGUAAUCGUGUUAAGUGCUGGGGGUUAUUUAUUUGGAGCAAUUCUCAAAGGUGGAUUAAUUGUUGAGAUUAAUGGGAAGGUCCAGAUCGUAGGGUAGUAGAAUUCUGGGUAGAAUGAUUUAACAUAAUUAACUGGGAGUGGGCAGUAGCUUGAUGAUAAUGUUUAACCUUGGAAAUUUAAAACAUUUCCUUGGACUAGGAAGGUGACGUAGCAUGGUGAUGGUAUGGAUGAGACAGGUAGUUUGGACGACCGUGGGUUGAAGUGCAGACCGAUAAUCUACUUACGUUAAUUGCAAGUUGAUCAACUUGAAUCGACAAGGUGCGUGGUUAAAGUGGGCUAGAUUUAAUUUUCAAGUUAUGUGUAUGCUUCUCUAUGCUUUCGAUUAUGAAUGUUUUACUGGUUUUCCAAGUUUAAGUUUCAAGCUAUCAUGGUUGCAUGUUAACAAGCAAGAUCAUGUUUUAAAACUCAACUAACUGGCUGCGCACACGACCACCUUUCUUCCCAUAGUGAGGAAGUUUAUCAGGUUUAUCAGGUUAUCAAUCUUAUCAGGUUCCCUUCCCAUUGUGAGGAAGUUUAUCAAGUUUAUCACGUUUAGGUGGUCGAACAGUGGCGCUAGUUAGGUUGAGUUAGGAGCCCCUUUUCAAGCAAGCUAAAUGAGAUUUCUUGAUCACGCGUAUUCCAGUUCUUUGUUUUUGUUCCUCCUAAGUCGUUGAGUAGUUAUCACGUUAUUUUAAGAUAAAUUGCACCUAGGACUGACCCCACACCCGCACUCAGGAGCUACUAGGGAGAAGGAACACACAAACCAACCGCGGGAACACCAUUGCUGCGCAGGAUGUCAUCAGAAGGGUUAGUGGCCGAGAAGCUUCACCAAGGGCACCUUUUACUUAAUGAAUUCCUUUUAGUAGACUUGAGACAGAUGCUCGUUUGUGUUGAAUUGACAGGGAUAGUUCUUUUUUGAGAUUUGGAUUUUUGUUAUGGAUGAUUUUCCGUUGUUUCUCCUUUCUCAAGACAAAUUAUUUAUUUUGAUUUUCAAGGACAUUUUGGUAAAUUUAAUGACCGGCCGGUUUAGGGUGUUACAAUUAUCUUUUGUCAAAAAAAAAAAAAAAACUUAAGAAAAGAUUCACUUGUCUCGCCAAAAAAAAAAAGCACUUGCAAGGUUAAUUCACCGAUACAUAUCUUGAAAACCCAUGCGAGCUAAUUAUUAUUAUUAAGCCACAAGCAGACAAAACAUACCAAAAAUCGGGAGGUACUGUUCAUCCUGGAAAAAUCGCGGGGGGUACUGUUCACGGAGUGGUUCAGUGAUUGUGUGCGGUCCUAUCACGUAAGCUCAUGUGUAUCUGUCUUGGGUAGGCCAAGUGCGGCCGUUGAUGCUAGAUUUUGGCCAAACAUGACCGUUGAUGCUAGAUGGGCUCGCAAACAAACGACAGCACGUGUUCGGUGACCCCUGGAAAAAGAACACAUUUCUCGAUACUACCUUUCUCUCACCUCCCAAAAUCACUGGCCUCCCAGACGUUCUGGCCUUCUCUGAUCUCUCCCAUCCCUUCCCAUCUCAUUCACAACCUCCCAUCUUCGUAACCUCCGACCACACGCCGGCAGGAGAUGGUGCGACAACAGAUUUCUCAUCUCCGAAAUCGCUGAACGAACGCCGACAAACGACCAGAUUUCCCCUCUCUCACCUACACAAUUGCACAAGCGAGGGUUUCAAUUUUCUCUUUCCCCCACCCCUAAACCCGUUGAACGACAGCGUCGGAGAUACAAUCUCCAUAUUCAUCCUCACCUUCCCCCGACGUUCUGGCUCCCCAGUUCGCUCAACCUUAUCAGUUCAAAGCGGAUAGAGUCACCUUAUCCUCCCCCAAGCCAAAUCAACGCGGAUUGAGUAAGUGGGUUCCAACCAUGGAGGGUCUCCUCCAUUCCGACCCCUACAUCCAGACGGCUCUGGUUGCAAGUGACGAAGGGAUAUGGGUUGCCAAUUCCUGCCGCCAAGUGGGUUUGAACGGUAGCUUGCCUAGCUCCGUGAAAUUGGAUUGGCCUCUGAUAAUUGUCGAAAACAUAUUGAUAUUAUGUGCUUAAUGUGAUUAUUUCAUGAUAUGUUUGAGACAUAUAAUGCUUGUUUUAAGGCCAACUGACUCUGGAACGGUUGUAAGACCAUUACCUCCGUGUGUUAGAAUUUCGAUAUAUUUUAGGUGGAAAAUAGGAAUUGUGGAAGUACAAGCAUACAAGUGGAACACAAAUCGAGUCUAUGACCGAACCAAUUUGGACCGGAUUCCUAACCUAACCCCAUUAAUUAAAGGACUCAUUGGACCGGUUAGAGGAUUUAUUUGGACCGGGAAAGAAAGAGCUGGGGACGGCGUCCAAGUGGGAGAUGGAAUGGGCCAGAGUGAUUGAAUUUUAUGGCCCAAGUUCCUUGUCCGUUUCUGGGUGGACUCUACUACACGUGAGAAUGAGAAGGGGUUCAUUUUAAUUCAAGAAGGAGAAGGAAUUAAUUGGACACGUAGCAGGGGGAAUGGGUACAUGAUAAUUCUUUUGGGCGGAGGCAAAAUUUGGGCCAGGAGAAAGGAAGGAAUAAUUGAAAUUGCUUUGGGGCCGGGGACAGAGAAUUGGAGAGGGAUUGAUUUGGACCGGACGGAAUUUCAUUGGGGAAGCUUGGCGGCUAUUAUUUGCCAGGGAGGGAAUUAUUUGGACAAGAAGGAAUUCUCUUUGGGGGCAAAUUCUUUAGGGGAAAAAAAGCAGGAGAGUCUAGGGAAUUAUUCUGGGGCGGCGGAAUUGAAGGGGAAAAAGAAGCAGAGCGCAGCGAGCAGAAGGACUGGGGGAGAUUGGCGAAAUAGCAAGCAAGCUGCGGCCAUAGAGUGCAGAGCCCGGAACGAGCAAAACAGCGGGAAGAAAAUAUCAGUAUUCUUUUUUCUUUUGCUUUGAUUCGUAACAGGAUGAUUAUGAACAUGAUUGUGUGUUUUAUUUUUAUCAUGAACUAAACCUCAAUUUAUGGGGGAAACACCAUAAGAUGUAGCUAUUUCUAGAAUUGAUGGAUUGAUUCGUAUUUUUUUUCUUCCAAUCUCUAUUGCAUGAAAUUACUUAAUGCUUUGUGUUGACUGGCCACCAAUACAAUGAAUCGUAGUUAAUUAGGUUAUUAGCGACAGUGAAACCCUAAUAACUGAACCUAUUUCAUGUGACAUAGUAACUUAUCGAAGUGACAGUGGAUUAAAUAAGGUGCUAUGCGGUCUUAAAUAGGAUAUCGAUCUUCAGGCUAAAUAAUUAAGUCAUUGAGCUACGACAGUAGGAUUUGAUUUAAUUGUUUAGUACGUAGUAAUUCCUGACAGAGAUAGCUAGCACAUUCGUGAUAUCCUGGCUGUAGAGAGUUGGAUUAAAUUGAUUGGAAUAUGUGAAUUAAUUUUGAUAUGAUAGGUAGUGAAUCCCGGUGUUCCUCCCAGAGCUUUCUCCAUUGAUUUCUCCUAAUAACUUUAAUUUGCUUGUUUUGUUUAAUUAUUUUGCUAUUAGUUAAUUAUCUCAUCAACCAAACCAUUUUUUCACCAAUAGUUUGCUUAGUAGAAUUGAUAAAUUAUAAGGUUGUACCAGUCCCUGAGCGACGAUACCCGGAUUUCCGGUUUUACUACAAGAUAGGAAUUGGCAUUACGCUUUUGCCCUAUCAGCCUCCCUGUCUCCAAUGAUUCCAAUUGAUUCCCCAGAUAAUGACGUCUCCAACUCAGAGCCACCUACUCCAUCCCAAUAGUCGUGGAUAAGUAACCUUCUGCAGUUUUCUCUGCAAAAGCCAUGAACGAAGAUUCACAGUACCAUGCUGCACAUUAUCUUCGAGGCUAUCUGGAUUUUGGUGCAUAGGCCACAACCUGGUCAAUAGAACCUGGCAGGGUCUUUGCCUCUCCCAUUAUGCAAUUUCCAAUCAGACAAACUGAAUCUUUCAGCCUCUGCGGCUGCGGGACGAGAGCUUUGCAAACGCUCGAGGAAGCUUCCAACCCUUCCAUCAAAUGCUCUGUUUGUACUAGGGGUGGGCAUUGGUGCGGUCCGCACCGCACCGUAUUGAUAUAAACCGCACCGCACCGUAUUGAUAUAAACUGCACCGCAUGUUAGACCGCAAUGUUAUCGGUGCGGUCAAACCAAAUCGCAUAUGUUAGCGGUUUGGAGCGGUUUGGACCGCAACCGCAACUUGGACCGCAAAUGGCUCCCACAACUACGUAUUCUUUGCCUCUGCUUUGCCUCUGCAAUUAUGGCCAUCACCUUUGGAAGAAUGCUUAUACAUAUAAUUAUAUUACUUCAUUCAUUAGUACAGUACGCAAUUUGGAAGAACCUCCAUUUCUCUACCACAUCUACCAACCCGAGUGUCUUUCAAUUGCCUUGUUAAAUGUCAACAUAAAACCAGCAUUUGACAGAAACUCAAAUAUAAGCAAGUACAAAGUGACAAUCAAAUAAAAUAGGACACUCAUGUAGCUCUCUGGCCAGGCCGUGACUCCCACCACUUCCACAGAAAACAGAGCAUACAGAGUUGUAGGCAGUAGCCUGCACACAACAAGAGAAUCAUGAAAACAUGCUUUUGAUUCAAACAUAGGAUGUGGCCAUAAUAAUUAUAUAUAUGCUUCAAAAGCAGGCUGGGGCAUGGAACUUUGCAGAAUCCAGAAUUACAAAGAAAAGGAAAAUGAAAAGAAAAACCAAUCUGCUCCUCUGCAAAACGAUACAGGUGAGAGCAAGAAACUAAAGAAAGGCUGGAAAACCCUCUAACCUAAAACUACAAACUAAUAGCGGACCUCAAAACAUGUCUCAAGCAUAGAUAAAACCCCAAGAACCCCAAUUAUUAACUCACAAGGGCAAACACAGCUGAAUUCAUCUGUAGAACUAUGCUGUAGUAUUACUACAGACACCAGAGGAAGCUUAUUAGCUUUUUUCAGCAUCCAGAUGGUAUAAAACAACAGUAGCAGGGGCAGUUCAUGCUUCACUGAACUUUAACUAACUAGCUAUGCUUUCUUAGCAAAACAGCCCACGAAAACCGAAUUUCACAGCUUUUUUAUUGUAAGAAAGCUUACCUUCAUCAAUAUCGUCAAUCUCCUCUGAAGAAGAUGAAAGAAAUUAGUUACAAACCGAGUGACCACCAUCUCACCCUCUAGCAGCAGCUUUAGCACUCUUGAACAAGUAAGCUUAAGUUAAAGUAAACACACAAAUAACCCCCUGCACCAGCAUAAAUUGAAAAUUAAACCAGGCCAAGUUUAGGACACAACAACACAAUAAACCUCAAAUACCAACAACCCUCGAUGCAGCACCAAAAGCAGUAUUGAAGGGGGGAAAACAUAAUGUACAAAUUGAACAUUAGUUCCCCCACCAGCAACUAUGUUAGUAAUCACUCCAUCACUGGGAAUCCUCUGGCUUUCAAGACUUUGACUGGCUGCUCUUGACUUGGGAAAGAGAGGAAUCAAGAAAUUGAAAACCCAGCUGUUAGUUUCAUCAAGUUCUGGUGCAUUCUUAUUGAAAACCCAGCUCCCAACCAAACACAGACAUCAAUUUUAGCUGAUUCUUAUUUUAGGUGCUUGUCUCAUCUCAUCACACAUAAGUAAACACACAUCAAAUCCAGCUUAAACAUGGAUAUUUUUCCAAGAUUCGAGAAAUUGAAGCACAACCUAAUGUUCCCAUGACAGAAAUAAGCAGACCCAGAUCAUGAAUUGUAGCAAAUUGAACCUAGAUUUGAGAAAAGCUAGAUAAUCUUAGAAUCACUUACAGAAAUAAGCAGACCCAGAUCAUGAAUUGUAGCAAAUUGAACCUAGAUUUGAGAAAAGCUAGAUAAUCUUAGAAUCACUUACUAUAACAGAGAAUGAAACGCACCGAGCAUCGUCCCGUCCUUGUGAGCCUAAAUGGAGAUGAGAUUAGAUGGGAAGUGGAAAUCUUCGAAAGCAAUUCUACAGCUUCCUCCGCCGCCAACGACGGCCGUAGUAGAUCCUGAGGAAUGCGCCGACUGGGGAGUGCUUUUGAUAGUUCACCAAAGCACCGUAGCUCAGAGGAUAGGAUAGGUCGAGGUGCGCUCCAUCUAGAAAUCUCGAGAGCUCUCGCCCUAGGUGGUGCGCGACGUUGAGAGGGACAAGAAGCUUGGGAGUCGAGACGGAGGCGAGAAUUGAUAGCGAGAGGAACCGUCAGCGAUGGCGUCGCCGGUGAGGCUUGCUAGUAAGUCGGCCACCGCCGAGAAGAGAUCGGGUCAUGGCGUGCGAUGUGGUGAGAACUGAAAAUCCUCGCUGAAGUGUUGGUGGGCGACCUUGUAGGGAUUUAGCGGUUUGCGGUUUUGAACCGCAACCGCGCGGUUUCGGUCGGCUCGUACCGCAACACCGCGAACCGCUUAAUUAUUAAACCGCAAAUAAAAUCGCAAUCUUAUC